AUGGAGAACGCUAAAGGGGGGAUUCAGUCGAUAGAAAAUGCUGUUCGACAGUCGAGGAGGCGAGUGACUCGUUCAAUGACACCAGCAGAGGUAGUAGAAGAGCCUCUCCCGACACAACCGAAACCAGAAGUCCUGAGUCAUAAAGAUAAAGAAAGGUGUCAACGGCUUAUAAAUGACUUAGAGAAGACAGAAGGGUGUGAAGUCUUUAUGGAACCCGUUGAUCCGAUUCAAUGGAAUAUCCCGCAGUAUUCCGAAAUCAUUAAGACACCUAUGGAUAUUGGAACAGUCAAAGUGAAGCUUCACAAAAAUUUCUAUCCCAGUCGCGAAGACUUUGUCGCGGACGUACGUUUGACCUUUCAAAACGCUAUGACCUUUAACCCGCCCGACAACCCAAUUCACAAAAACGCUAAAUUCCUCUUAGCGAUGUUUGAGAAUCACAGUCGGCAUGAAUUCAGAGACAAAGUUAAGAAGACUAAACUCAUGAAAGAAGACGAUGAAGAUGACGAUGAGGAAGACGAAAUCAAAAUCGAAGAUGAAGACGGAGAUGGUGAAGACGAAAUUGUAAGUAAAAAACCCCGUAAAGCUAGAAAGGAUGGAAAAAGUCCUAAAGAGAUCAAAGAAGUCAAAAUCGAGCUCAUCGAAAAGGACUUCAAAGAAAAGGCAGAGAAGAAACGGGAGACCCGCGCUCUCUCCCGCAUCGAUAAAAAAUAUUUGGCGGAAAAACUGCAAGAUGUCCCUCAUGACGUCCUCAAUGACGUCGUCGAUAUCUUAAAACUCGAGAAGGAAAAUAUCUCAAAUAAUACUAUCACUAUUAACUUCGAUAACUACAAAUAUAAGGAUUUGAAGGCCGUUGUGGCUCUUUUUAGACAACUCGACACCCAAAAACAAGAGCUGUCUGACUCUAUUAAGUCGUCCGAGGAAUAA